CUAUCACUGGAAUCCUGCUGGAGACAGUGUAGUUAAGAUCUUACAAAGAAGAUUAUCAGGAAGGAUGAAUCGCUCUUGUGUAAACCGCUUGAAAACUAUGCUGAUAAAUCUCAACUUCCUGUGCUGGCUGUGCGGUGCAUUUGUGGUGGCGUUCGGGGAGUUCCAGAUGAUACACUCCAAGUUCGCCUCCCUCAUCAUCUCCUUCUGGCCCAUCUACCCCGCCAACACUCUGGUGGUCACCGGUACCAUUGUUACCUGUGUGUGUUACCUGGGAGUGUUAGGAGGCAUGAAGGAGAACCGCUGCAUGCUCAUCAGUUUUUUCUUCCUGCUGUUCAUCCUGAUGCUGGUGGAGCUGGCCAUGGCCUGUGUAUUCCUGGUCUUCAGCAGAGAGAUUGACACAUACUUUGAGAAAGACCUGAUGCAAAGCUUGGAGAUCUACAGACUGUCCAGCCCAGAAAGCAACACAACCCUUAGAGAUGACUUUGAUGCUGUCCAGCACUUGUUUAGGUGCUGUGGAGUUCAUGGUGCAGACGACUGGAAGGGUGACAUCCCAAUCUCCUGUUGUAGCAAGGACCCCUGUAACCCCCUGAUCCACACCAACUGGCAAGAGGGUUGCCUCGUGAAACUGAGGAACUGGUUUGCCAGAAACUAUCUUAGCACAGGCGCUGGCGUUGUCACAAUGUUUAUCAUACAGUUUAUUUGUCUGUCUAUCACCGUCCCUCUCUUUUGCCACUUCAGUCGACGUGGACUGGGAUACCAGUGAAAAAGGCCAAGAAAUGUGUCUACAAUUUACAGUGACUUUCUGCAUAUCAACAGGUUGUUUUUCCCCUUUUAUAAACAUUUUAUUAAUCUGUUGCCAACAGGAGAAACAGAAGCGAUAAACUGAGGAUGGCAGUUUAUUAUCGCUAUGACAAUGUCGUAUGAGGCGACUGAGCAUUGAAUGUGAUGUUAAAACACAAUAAGAGAAUUUAAUUGGUCGAUAAGUUAUGACAUGAUAAUAUUAGACCGAUCUUCCCCCAAUGAGUGCUAGACUAGAUGAUAUUCACGACUUUGGACACCUGCCCGUACCAGAACCUUUUGAACUAUAGACUUAGUCUAACUAAAUCCGACUUUGAUAUUUUCAACCCAAUAAAGUCAGCCCUAUAUGAUUACAUGUUUAUCACUCAUUAUCAAACCUUAUCCAUUUGAGUUUUCAAUCUUUUC